AUCGCAAUUGCGAAAUCCUCUUGUGCAAGAUGGCGGCUGCAAAGCAACUAAGAUGUUUAGUUACAGGAGGAGCGUCUGGCCUUGGAAGAGCCACAGUGCAACAUCUCAUACAGAAACACGGAGCCAAGGCUGUUAUCGUCGAUCUUCCUUCAAGUAAUGGACAAAUUGUUGCUAAAGAACUCGGAAAUGAUUGUUAUUUUUGUCCAACCGAUGUAACAGACGAAAGUCAAGUACGAAAAGCUGUUGAAUAUGCAAAAGAAACAUGUGGAGGUUUAAACACCGUUGUCAAUUGUGCUGGCAUCGGGAUUGCAAUGAGAAUUUUGGGAAAGGAUGGGAAAGCGCAUCCAUUAGACAAAUUUGAAACGGUUCUUAAGGUGAACACCUUUGGUACUUUCAAUAUGAUCCGUUUAUCAGCAGAGGCGAUGAUUAAGAACGAUCCAGAUGAGGGAGGUGAGAGAGGAGUGAUUGUAAACACCGCGAGUGUAGCAGCCUUUGAAGGUCAGAUUGGGCAAGUCGCUUAUUCCGCGUCAAAAGGAGCGGUCGUAGGAAUGACACUUCCGAUUGCAAGAGAUCUCGCAAGGCAUGGCAUUAGAGUAAACACUGUGGCACCAGGGUUAUUUCUAACGCCGCUUCUCGAAGGCUUACCAGAAAAGGUGCAAAAUGCUUUAGCAAAGAGCGUUCCUUUUCCAAACCGUCUGGGUGACCCUGCCGAUUACGCUCACAUGGUGGCCGCCAUUAUUGAAAAUCCGAUGAUGAACGGAGAGGUUGUACGAAUUGACGGUGCCAUAAGAAUGCAGCCAUGAUAUCUUUAAAUGUGAAUCGAGAUCGCCGAAAUUGACCACAACAAGAAGGAUGCCUGAUGUGCAUUUUGCCAUAAAACAUUGCCGUCAUAAAUUGGUAAAAUUAGCGAAUAGUGAUACUUAAGUACAGACAUUAAACAGGAGGUUAUUAAAGGUAAUGUACAGUAAGGACCUUGCUUCGAUUCGGCCAAAAACAAUGGCUACUUGCACUACUUGUAUUUAGCCUUUUUUAGUCGGUAAUACUUUACUGGUAGAAUGUACGUGAAGUUGGGGUCAAUUAUGAGAUAUUGCUUAGCUAUAUAUGUACCAAUUUUGUUAUUGUCGAAAUGAAAUUCAAUCAUAUGAAUGCAUCAUCAGUCGACAAUGGAAAAUCUUUCCUGGAAGAUGAUUGUAAUUUUUGA